AUGGCCAACGAUGAAAUAUCUUCUCAGAAGAAGAGAAAGCUUAGCAGUGCCAAAGACCAAGACGAAAAACCUCCAAACGCGGAUAACCUCGCUCAAGUCCAAUCCAACCUCUACGAUAAUCAGGAGAGAUCUUCAUCAUCGCAAGGCCAGCCCCUGGUGAAGUCUAUCGAGCCAAAUGAUACUGAACCAAAACACUUCACUUUUAAUCCCGACAUUGAAGCCAAAUCGGGAUCCACUGGACAGGAAUUGCCGAGCGAGACAGGCCAUCCACAGCGCCGUGAUGACUUGUCCUCGAAAACGAGCAGUGAUAAUGGUUUAGACGAUCCUGAGUGUCUAGCCAAGAUCGGCUCCCAGUUUGACGACGUUGAUGGCGAUCAUAUUGUGGAUGGAUGGGGAACUCUGCGAAGAUCAGCCUUCGUUAUUCUCCAGUAUGGACCGCGCCACGGGGCCAAAUAUAAGGCCAAAUAUAAAAGCGGAUACAAUACCAGCGGGAUGAACAACAUUUCAGAUCGUGCUGAACGAAUCUCUCUGCUCAAAGACGAUGAUGGUCGAGGGAGAAAAACUUGGCGAUACUCAAAAUACAAUGUUGCCGGAAUUUACGGUGUUGCUUUCGAAGAAAGAAAGAACCCAACUAAAUCAUAUAAGUCUGACCCGUGUGUUUGGGUCAAGAUCAAGUGGAAAAAUCUGAGGCAAGAAGACGACGAGAAACUCUCAAGAAGCUGUUCUUGGAUUCCAAAAUCGGAUUUCUCUCGCCUCUGUGGCGACAAGGAUGCAACAGAGAGCAAGAUUACAGAGGUGUGGGAUAAGCAGGAACAACGCUAUCUCCGCUGGCUCCGAAACGAACCUGGAAGGGGCAAUGACGACCGUUCACCCACUCCUUGCCCACUGAACGCAUACACGAAAGAACCCCGCGAACGACGAUCCACUUCACGCUUAGAUACGCCUGAGAUGAGGGUUUCCUCUGCGAGGCGGAAUGAGAGUGCCAAUCCGUCGCCAACUGGGUUGACUGGCCGAGAGGGCUCAAAAUCCAACCCUGUCAACCUUGACCAGGUCGAAAAUCCCGACCUUCCUGCUUUCUCACGCUCAACGCCUGCUAUUUCUGAUUCAAAUGGCAAUAUUCAGACUGGAACAAAGCGCGUUCAAUUCAGCAAAAAGAGUUCUUGGAAAAUAGAGCAAAAGAAGAGAACUGGAAUGGCUUGGAUGAAAUCGAAAGAGGAAAAAAGCAAGUUAUAG